AAGAGUCGUUCAUUACAGCCUGGCGUUAUCAAUGAGAUAACUUUACAUCGUUAGUUAUUAUUUUCUGACGAAAGACAAAAUUGCAUUCUUAUCAAACGGCACGUGCAUUUAUUACCAAGAACGCACGUAAUUAAAAGUAAAAAAGUAACGCUCAAAACGCGAAGUUUAGAAAUAAAAUAUAUAUACAAAAUGAUCAGAAUGAUUUUCUAUGUUAUCCUGAACAUUACGCGAAGUGCCCUGCAUUGUGUAUCUCCGUGUCAAUAUUAUUGGUGUCACAAUAUUACGUGCGAGCGGAAAGGAAACCUAAAUAUUACUCGCUUGUCUAUUAUCUACUUCAGCGAGGCAUCGUCUUCAUAAAUAUCGAGGACUGUCAGUCGAAGAGGUCGUCGCGAAAUGCGCGGAGAAAGGAAUUUAUUUCGAUAAAGAAAGAAAACUUACGGGAUGUAACACGGUAACCAACGGAUGAUUUGCUUGCACAGUGCCGAAAGGAAUGCAGCUCCGAAUUGUUGUUACGUUACCGUUUCGCGAAUUUUGUUUUCAAACGUCAACGUUACAUCGCCGCCGAGACACAACUUGACACAACUCUGGACUGGACUUUCUCUCGUCCUGUCCAUCGAGAUGCGGUAUCCGAUCGUUACAGAUGAAAUUGAAUCUGUGUGAAAAAUGAAUUCUAACGUGGUGGAUGAAACUUGGAUAAUUUAAACCCAACUAAAGGAAAACUGAGGGAAAUAUCACGCUGACACACGCACGGAUGCGCCGCUCCGUUCGUAACGUUUUCCACAUUUGCACACGUCUCUUGUACACCUAUUUGCUUUCCAUGGCCCUUGGAUUUUGCGGCCAUGGCCUAUCGCGCGGUUGGCUAGUUGGAUAAGACCACCUACAGUACAAUGUAGAUAAUUUGCCACUUUGUCUCACGAUGCUCCCGUCUUACGUUCAUCAAUUUCGUCGCUAUUCCUUACGCGUUCUGCAUCACGCGGCCUUCGCGACCUGUUCCAAAUUAUGUAAUAUGCAUCAGCAACAUCUUUCUCUCUCGCUUACAACGCGUUUCAACGCGUCUGUUCUUAUAUCUGCCGAGUUUAAUCCAUAGAGAACCCGUUCUCCGCUUCUCUUAACGCUUUAUAUUAUACAUUCUUCGAAGUGUAGAGGGAUAGUCAAGGUAAUCGUAAUACUUGAUGCAAAAAUCAGCAUUUCUCAUUGUUUAUAGAACCGUCAAAAAAUGAUGGCGAAUCUCGUGUGAUAAUCUAUAUCUUUGACGAUCUAUCAACAAGAACGAAAUUAUUAAUUAUAGUGACAAAUAAUUUGAUAAUAAUAGAUCUAAUAACUAGUAAAUAAAAUCUAAGUAAAAACUGCUCGCUUACAUCAUGAACUAUAAUAAACCGAUUACAGUGUACAAACUAGGAAGUUCUUGUAAAAUGAUCAAACGUCAUCAAUUGACGUGAGCUGGCAACUACCUGUUACUAUAAGUGUUAUACUCGUUUGGCGUUGACCUUACAGAACGGGGAAUUCCCUGUUUCAUGGGACUCUUGCCAAAGAAAUGUGAAUCGAUAUCCAUACCGAUAUCAACUGUCUUAUUUAUAAAAACUAUGCCGAAUAAAUAUAUCAUCUGGCUCGGCGCCUCCUUUUUACUUCCGCCUCCAUUAAUCUCCCAAUAUUGGUUUUGUAAUAGAUAGGUACGAUUCGAUAUCCGGGAUUUGCAUAUAUUCGUAUUUUAAUAUAAUAAAAGAAUUAAUCGAUGUAUUUUCAUAAAUUUAAAUAUAAAGGGAUUUAAUCUGUUAAAGAUACAAUCGAAAAUCUUGACGGAAGUUUCGUCUCGAAAACAUCUCUUAAUCGUAUCUUAUCUGAAGAAAAUGACGUGCAUAUAAAAUGUAUAUCAGCAUUUAUCAGUAGAAUCUAGAUUUCUUAUAGUGUCGGAAGUGUUUCACAAUUAAGAUACGAAUGUCACCACGCUGCCUGUAAAAUUAUUUUAAUAUUGUUUCACAUAAAAAAUGAUGCAUAAUAAUUUUCAAUAUGUUAGUAUCGCAGUGUUCACGGUCGUAAAUAAUUACAGAUUAUUUUUAAUUUUUGAUUAAUUUAAAGAUUAGCAUAAUUAUUUUCAACAAACAGUUUCGUAUACACAGAAAUUUCGUUAUUCGGCUAUUUAGAUUCAUAUUUCGCGAAUAUCUUUUACGAGAACCAGUUGUUGAAGAUUAAAAAUUCAUCAAGUGUAUUGCGAAGUCAACAAAGUAAAUUAUGACAUUCUUCUUCCAUUUCUUGCAGGAUUUAGUCGGAUUAGCGAGUAUUUUAAGUAAAAAGAUUCCUUAUCAAUUAUUAUAUGCGCGUUUAAAAAAUAUAUACAAAUAUUUACAUUUCUCACUUUUCAUUUGCGAUUACGCAAGCUGCUCGAUUGGCAUCGUAAGUACCAAUUAUGGUGUAAUAUAUUACGUAAUUGCCUCAUUAAUUAAUUCAAACAUAUGCUUACGUAUAUAUGUAUAUACAUAUAUAUUGGAACAAUUGCUCAUACGCUUAUCUGUGUACGAUCGCGAAGUACGCGUUUCGUUUUCAUGAUCCGCGAAAACAAUGAGUGAUACUGUACACGACAUGUGCACUUAAUAAUUUACGUAUGUGUGUGUUUAUUUAUGGUGAUGUGUACAGAUCGAUCCUAUAGGAACUCAUUCUUGGUUAAUUAAUUGCAUUGAUAAAAAUAGAAUUCAUUAUAGACAAAAUCAACAAAACACGUCAUUUCGAUGUGCGCAAUAAGAUGCGAAAAUAUAUAUAUAUCUGAUACGCUUUACGUAUCUCAGGAAAAAUAUAUAUACAUUUACGUGCAUAAGAAUUAAAAAGAUAGGAAUUCCGGUGCACUACUGUAUUACAGAACUAACAGAAUUGAAUACAGUCUGUAUCGUGAUAAAUUUUAUCAAUUGUUACAAGAAUUUGAUAAGAGAAUGUCAAUUUUGCCGAAGAUAUUCUUACUGAAAUCUGCAAAUCGUUUCGCUUUAACAAAUCAAUUCUUCUGCUAUAAUUUUGUGCUCUGCGAGGAAUACUCUAUAAUCUAUCUUUAAUGGAGAAAGAGGGAGACUGAAAUAAUGUGAAAUCAUGCUGAUGUUACGUGCGUGCGCAUUGAGGUGGUGACGUGACGCGUCCAAAUCCUUCUGGAAUUUUACGAAACCGGUAACAUACUUAUCGCGCGUUCGGCGGGGUCCGGGUAUUAAGUCUGAUUUCGCCAAAGAUAACAGCGAUUUUUCUUUGAAAUUAAACACGUAGCGUGCCGCGCGUUUCGUAUUCGAGUGAGUGCGUUAUCGAGUUUUCAAGACGCGUAACUCGACGUUUCUUCUUUUCCUUUUCUUCUCUUCUUCUUUUUCUCCCUCCUUCUUUUCUUCUCUUUUUUUCUUCUUGUCAUCGUUACGCUACAUUCUCAUAUAUAUAUAUCUAUAUAACAACGUAUCUCAGGUGUCGGCGAUGAACAAAUCGCGAAUAAUGUCACGUCAAUCGACAAGAUAAGUCGGUCCACAAACAUCAGCCAUUAUAUUUACGAAAUUAUCAAACUGCGAAUCCGAGACUGACAAUGAGAGCUACGAUGUCACGUAGCUGGUGAUCCUCCGAUUACGAAAGAAUUGAAAUUUGGUAUAUGCUGAAAGAGGAAGAUAUUGAAGAUACACCGGGGCAUUCGUUUCACGCAUGCACCGCCACUCGUGUAUCCGCUCGUGCACACGUGCACACCGGUCAACGAGCUUCGGAUAACGAGUGGAAAGUCCACUGACGAAUUCACUUUCGGGGAAAACUGUGGGGCACACGGUUAUUGGCUGCAACGGACUUGAGCGGGGGAACUUGAGAACUAGAAAAGUGGAAAAGAUCUGUGAAUACCCUAUGAUCUCGUGUCAUCGGCAUCGUGUGUGCGUCUAUACCUGACCUUCCAGACCGAGAAUGACAAUCUGGAACGUGCUGUUUCUUCUGCUUCAGCUGGUUAUUUUUAAAAGUCGAUCGGAAACGAUAAUAACGGCACAUAAUGACUUCGGUCUGGCGCCGAUUGAUCCGGAAAUCGCCGACGUCGUUGACUGGAAGCGUCACGCGUGUCGACGAACAUGCAAGGAUGGUGCGGCGCCUUUGGACUGCUAUUACACUUUUAAGCUGGAGUAUUAUCACACGAUGAGCAAGGCAUGUUACGAUUGCCCGUUCAAUAUCACAGAUUGUUUUCGGCCUCAUUGUGUCCCGGCGGAUGGCAUAAAGCGAUCUGUCAUGGUCGUGAACCGGCAAUUACCAGGUCUGCCGAUCGAGGUAUGCCAAGGUGACAGGAUAAUAGUCGAUAUGAUCAACUUACUGCCUACGGAGAGCACCACGAUGCACUGGCACGGUCAGCAUCACGUCAACACACCGUACAUGGACGGUGUACCCUACGUAUCGCAAUGCCCUAUCCAUCCUGGAGCGACCUUCCGUUACAAUUACAUCGCCACCGAAGCCGGCACGCACUUCUGGCAUUCUCAUUCAGGAUAUCAGAGAGGUGACGGCGUGUUCGGUCCAUUAAUCGUUCGUGUACCUCCUAAAAUAGACUGGCACAAAGAUCUGUAUGAUCACGAUGAGUAUACGCUAGUAAUCGCCGAUUGGAUUCACGAGCUGGGUCUCAGCAAGUUCCUGUCGCAUUACCACUCGGACGGUCACAACAAAGCGCCAAACUUGCUCAUAAACGGUCUGGGCCGUUUUAAUACUAUUGAGGAUGAAAAUGAAACGCUGGCCGAUAUGCCUAUUACGACGUUCGUCGUAAAACCGAAUUUCCGAUACAGAUUCAGGCUUAUUAAUGCAGAGUUCCUGAAUUGCCCUAUAGAAAUUUCUGUCGACAAUCAUACUUUGUACGUAGUCAGUUCGGACGGGCGUGAUAUUGAACCGGUACAAGCCGAAUCCCUGGUGAGUUACGCCGGCGAAAGAUUCGAUUUCAUAAUUGAGAUGGAUCAACCGGUGGACAAUUAUUGGAUGAGAUUUCGAGGAUUGAUGGAUUGCGACGAGAGAUUUUUGAGUGCCUAUCAAGUCGCAAUAAUGCGAUACGACGGCGCACUCGAGGAGGAACCGGCGGUAAAUGUUUCGUAUCAUCGUGUAAGAAAUGACUCCUAUGGACUGCAAGUAAAUGCUCUAAAUGAAGGAACCGAAUCGAAUAAUAGUAUCAGUAUGCCACUAUUAAAUGCGAUGGACAACGACGACGCUUCGAACAUCAGAGAACCCGAUUAUCAGUUUUAUAUAUCGUAUGAUUUUUACGCAAAAGAUAAUCCGCAUUUUCAUCGCAAGGAUUUGUAUGGUUAUCAUCAAGUGAAACAAAAAGUGUUAACUCCGCAACUGAAUCACAUAUCAAUGAAGCUACUACCGUUUCCUCUUCUGCCCGGAAGACACCUUAUUAAGCCGGAGCAGUUUUGCAACUCCAGCACGAUCAAGAGAGAUUAUUGCGAGAAUGAUUAUUGCGCUUGCACUCACGUGCUUCAAGUUAAGAUUAACAGCGUAGUGGAACUAGUUCUGAUCGAUGAAGGCGUUCCGUUUGAGGCAAAUCAUCCGUUUCACCUUCACGGCUAUCAGUUUCGCGUAGUGGCUAUGGAGAAGGUAGGAGAUAAUACUACCGCCGAUGAAGUGAGGGAACUAGAUAGGCAGGGUUUGAUACACAGAAAACUCAAACGGGCACCUCUGAAGGAUACGGUGACCGUGCCUGACGGUGGUUACACUAUUGUACGAUUUCACGCCGACAAUCCAGGAUACUGGCUGUUCCAUUGCCACAUCGAGUUUCACGCGGAGAUAGGAAUGUCGCUGAUCUUCAAGGUGGGCGACGACAAGGAGAUGUCGCCCGUGCCCAAUAAUUUUCCUACAUGCGGCGACUGGAAACCGAGUGAUGAGAACGAGCACAAAACAACGGAGACUAGUACAACUCCACUGACUGAAGGGAAGCAAUCAAAUAAUAACAAACGUCUCGCGAAUGUAAUAACGCAUUUCUCGGCAUACAUGGCGUAUUUUGAGCAGCUUUUGAAUUUACAUACAUCCUCGGCAUCCAGUUCGAGUGUGACACUGCUGCUUUUUAUCGCUUGUCUUUUGAGUUCUGUGAUGCGCGUGCAAACGUUUUAAGACAUCUGUGUAAACAACUCUAAAACUGACGUCACAUUAUACAAAGUAUUUUACAGCAAAUUUACUUUAAUAUGACCAUGAAUUUGCUGGCAAACGUUUUCUUCUCCUUCGCCAUAUUUCGAAUAAUGUGACAACCAUUGCACGCGUGUGAUAUGUGUAAAAACGUGAUCAACAAUCAAAUUAAAAUAUGUGCCAGUAAGAGACGGAUAUUUAGUCAUAAUUGAAUAUUACGAAGUAUUAAUAUUUAUAGGAAACAUCCGUCCGCAUUUUUGUUAUCGCUGGCGGUCAGAUAAGCGCAAUCGCGCGAACUGACGAACUUUUGACGAAAUAACGAUAGGAAUUUUAAACUAUAUAUUUUAUUUUUCGCGAUAUUGUGUAUUUUAUCUCCGACGAGCGAGCGGACGGUAUGUUAACAAGUGACUUACAUUUCUGUGAUAUAUAAAAAUUGAUUAUAAUUAUUCUAUAAUUAUAUAUCAAAUUGUCAAUUACGCUAUCCAGUAACAUAUACAAUGUGUUCUAAUUUAAUUCUCAUUAAUUUCAAUCGCGACGAAUCGAUUUUAUUCGCAUAACGGAAUCAAUGUAUCCUCAGCAAAAAUGAUCAAGCGAUAAUAUUUGUGAUUCAGAAAAGAAUUUAUGAAUUGAAGAGGAAAGAAAUAGAUAAUGAGUUUCAUACAUAGAUAAUUUUUUUCUUGAAUGAAAUUAGAAGCUGCAUUUAUAAAGAUAUGUAAUGUUAACGUAUUGUCGCUGUGCAUUUUCUUUGAGGAGAAAUUGACUAAACUUCUAGUAAACCAAAGAAUCAGUUAUUGAAAUAUGCUCCGAUAAAUAUGUCCCGAUGAAAAACCAUCGGGACUAUCCUUGACAAAUGCACUACUGUAAUUAUUACGAAAUUGUGUAUACAGUAUUUAAUCUAACAUAAUCGAUAGACGAUUCGUAAGCGUAAGUUAUCAAUUGUAAGGUUGUAUUUCUUUACUUUGGAUAUGUGUAUGUGUAUUUCCAUCAAGGAAACGUGUACCAUUAUUUUUAAAUAUAUAGAGUAUCUGUAAA